GGAGCGCGAGGAUCUGAUCUAUCUCUCUAAAGUGGAGGAGGAGGGGAAGGAUUAUCUGUGAUUCCCGACGAAGAAGAGCUUGGUUGAUCUUCAUCCUCUUCAUCUUCCUCCGGCGGAUGGACCACUAACCCCCCACCCCACCCCACACACACACUUUCGCUUCUAAGAUCCGCUCAUCUUUUGUCUCUGCGGCGCGGAGAUCCCGCGGAUCAGCCUCUUCAUCGCCAUCAUCACCAUCAGAUUUACAGCUGAUUUAAUUAUCAUCAUUUACCUGGACAAGAACUUAUCUCCGACCGGGUUGGAUCAAGCGUUGCCCUCUCUCGCUCUCUCUCUCUCCAUCUCACACACACACCCAUCAGGAUUGUGUGAUGCUGCAAGUUCACAGCAGGAGAAAAAAGUCAAACAAGUUGUUUUUAUUUAAACGCAUUUGAAUUUUCUGCCAUCUGACGCUUGUUUAGUCUCCCGGAACAUGAGUUAAAUCAGAGCGAGUCUGGUCAGAGGAGAAAAAUAACGGAAUUUUCUCACAAGUCUUUGUCAAGGUCUGUGAGGAAGAGGAGGAGGAGCGAGCCCCAAGAUGAUGCUGAGUCCGGAUCAGGCGGAGGCCGACCUCUCCUGGACCCAGUCCGACCCGGAGACGCUGCUCAACGGCCUGAAGUCGGCCGGCUGCGCGUCGGACGAGCCGACAGAGAGCGAACCGGACCGGGCCAAAUGCAAAUCCGAGCAGCCGCUGAGCCGGGAGGAGAAGCGGAGGCGGCGGAGGGCCACGGCCAAGUACCGGUCAGCGCACGCGACCCGGGAGCGCAUCCGGGUAGAGGCGUUCAACGUGGCCUUCGCGGAGCUGAGGAAGCUUCUCCCCACCUUGCCUCCGGAUAAGAAACUGUCCAAGAUCGAGAUCCUCAGACUGGCCAUCUGCUACAUCUCUUACCUGAACCACGUGUUGGACGUGUGAGAGCGCGCGACAAGUCCGGGCCCGGCUGGGUGCGGGAAAUGGACCCGAACACUGGGUGCGGGGUGUGCCUAACGAGGGACUCCUGUUUAAACAAAAGUCAGUAUUUUUGACAUUGUCAGACGACACAUUUUCAAUCGUUUGAAUAUUUCCAGGUCUAAACGCAACGAUUCAUCUGGACGUUCAUCUAAAAUAACUCUAAACGACACACGAGGUUCAAAAAACGACUCAAACGUCUGUAAAUCCGCUCAAACUCCAGAAGUGACGUUUAUCGUUCAGUUUGUCAGCAGAUCUUAGUUUUCUGAGACAAAUCACUUAUUGGUUAUUGGUCCAAAUCAAAGCCUCGGAGUCCACACGAAUGCAAUAAUAAUAAUAAAAAUAAUAAUGAUGAUGAUAAUAACAAUAAUUCCCAACAUACAGGAGAGGAAACAUCUCUGGAAGACAGAGCAGACAUAUUGGAAUUUUCAUUUUCAUGAAAAUCUCAAAUAAUCUUAUUUCAAAUCCACCUGAUGUAGAAAAAAGUCUUAAGAUCUUGUCUGAAAGCCACCGCCACCGCGGUCAGGCUGAGGGUCUGAGGGCAUGUUUCACAUCAGGGUGAAAGUCCAUAGCUGCUUUAGAUCUAGUCUAGAAGAUGUUUUCCAAGAAGGAAAAGAAAAAAAAAAGAAGAAGAAAGAGAUCCAAGACAUCAAGUGCCACUUAUGACAUGAGAAAUUGUGACCUUAAUCAUUUUUAAAAGUGUAUUUAUUAAUUUAUUUAUUUAUUUGAGUUAAUAUGAUUGGUUAUUUAUAAAUGUCCUUUUUUGUAUAAAUGUUCGUUGCUUCUAUAUAUUUUAGGCUGUGAAACGCAAACGUGGGAAAAGUGAUGGAAACUUGGCACUUUCUGUAGAUCUGCAAUCUGCUUUUUGUUUUUGUUUUUGUUUGUUUUUAUGUGUGUGUUCGAAAUGCGUGUCACAGUUUUGUUUUGCUUUGAUGAUGUCUCUGUCCAUCAUUAGCAACGACUAGCACAUCGAAUGCGCGGGGCGGGGGGAGGGGGGGCUUCGCGGGGCCCCAGAUGUUAGAUCCUCUAAAAGAAAUGUUGUGUUGGGAAUUUUGUUUGUUUGUUUACUAAAACAGCUGGGAUGUUCAGUGAGACACGUUUGAUUUGCGGGGUUACGAUGUGUUAGCGGCAGCCUCUUCUUUUGCUGUGACCAAAAAAAACAAAAGUUAUUCUCUUCGAUGUGCUAAUGCUAGGCUAUUAUUUUUAGAUUCAAUCUGUUAUUUAUUUGUCUCUUCUUUGUAUUCCCGAGAAUUCCAACACGUACUUUUAUAGGGAAAGGGAAAAAAAACACAUAUCCUCUAUCCAAAGAAUUUUUUUGUCUCUUCAGGGUUGUGUAGACUACUUGUUGCUUUAAGCAGAUUUUUAGUAGAAGUAUCUUGUGACAGCUGGUUUCUAAUGGACAAAUUUUCAUAUUUUCUGGUGUUAUUUUUAAUUAAACAGGGAAAAACCCAAUAAAGACUCCUCUUGUUU